AUGGGCAGCCAUGCAGGAUCCUGUAGGAAACGUUUCUCUACCUCCAUCUUCAGGUCCACACUGGUGGGAGGGAGGCCGUGUGGAAGCUGAAAGAACAAAUUACAUAACAAAGUCAAGGAUUCCAAGUAAGCUAUGGCUGUGUUUCCGAACUCGCUGACAGACGAGGAGGAAAUGCUGCAGAGGAAAUAUGCAAAACUAAAGAAAAAGAAAAAAGCCCUAAUGGCGCUUAAGAAGCAGCAGAGUUCAAGCAACCAGACAAGCCAGACUGGACUGAAACGCACUUUGUCUGAUCAGCCGGUGGUGGACACGGCGACGGCUACUGAACAGGCCAAAAUGCUCAUCAAAUCCGGCGUCAUCAGUGCCAUCAAAUCAGAAAACAAGAACUCGGGGUUCAAACGAUCGAGAACGCUCGAGGGAAAAUUGAAGGAUCCAGAGAAAGGUCCCAUUCCAGCUUUCCUGCCAUUCCAGAGAAGCGUCUCGACAGACGAGGACCCGGCUGAGGCUGCCAAAAGAACCCACAGAAAGUCCCUGUACGAUAGCUUCGUCACCCCGGGCGCUCACGAAGAAGACGAAACCGCGGCGGCCUCGUCCGGCCGGGAGUUAGAGCGCGACGGGGACAGGGAGUUGGACAGAGAAGGAGAUCGAGACCGAGAACGGGAACGGGACAGAGAACGGGAACGGGAUCGAGACCGAGAGCGAGAGCGAGAGAGGAACAGAGACAGGAGCCGAGACAGAGAGCGGGACCGGGACCGAGAGCGUGAACGGGACCGAGAGAGGGACAGAGACGGACCGUUCAGACGUUCAGACUCGUACCCAGAGCGGCGCGGCGUGCGGAAGGGAAACACGGUGUACGUGUACGGUGCGGGCAUGGUGGAGGACAGCCUGCGCGCGGCUUUUUCACAGCACGGCACCAUCAUCGACCUGUCCAUGGAUUCCCCACGCAAUUGCGCCUUUGUUACGUUUGAGAAGAUGGAGUCGGCGGAUCAGGCUGUAACGGAGCUGAACGGCAGGACGGUGGGCGACGUCAACAUCAAAGUCAGCAUCGCCAGGAAGCAGCCCAUGCUGGACGCAGCCACGGGCAAAUCGGUCUGGGGGUCUCUGGCCGUUCAGAACAGCGCCAAGGGCUCGUACAGGGAUAAGAGGAACCAGGUGGUUUACAGCGAGGAUUUGUUCUGAGCGUCGACGUGGCUGAAGAGAAGAGAAGGGUUCGGUUUUGUGUCUCUGACUGUUUGUUUUGUAGCUAUUGGUGCUCAAUAAAGUGUAAACUGGU